AUGGCUGUGGUGCUGACCAGCGCUAGGCUGGGAAGGUCCUCCGUAGCCGAGGGUGAUAUCGUGCCAGCGGGGCGCAAAGACCCAGGGGCUUCUCACCAGUACCGUCGCUAUGAAUUCAAGUGGCUAAUGCUGGCUUCCUCUCCUGCCUCCGCAUGCUCCACCACCUUUUUUAAGGCCACCUUUCCACGCCAUCAUUCCCGGGUCGUUCCCCCACACCACGGCCACCAUCCCUGCAAACCAUCCCCCCUGGACACCAUCCACCACCCCCUGGAAGCCCCAAACGCGCCCCCGCAACUUAAAUUUACCAUCAUUCCCUGGCAAUUUCACUCUUCCGACGAUUCCUAUCUUCCACCACCCUCUGACGAUUCCUAUCUUCCACCACCCUCUGACGAUUCUUCUCUUCCGUCACCCUCUAACUAUUCCUCUCUUCCGUCACCCUCUAACGAUUCCUAUCUACCAUCACCCUCUGACGAUUCCUAUCUUCCACCACCCUCUGACGAUUCUUCUCUUCCGUCACCCUCUGACGAUUCCUCUCAUCCGCCACCCUCUGACGAUUUCUAUCUACCACCACCCUCUGACCAUUCUUCUCUUCCGUCACCCUCUGACGAUUCCUAUCUACCACCACCCUCUGCCGAUUCCUAUCUUCCACCACCCUCUGACGAUUCCUAUCUUCCACCACCCUCUGACGAUUCCUAUGUUCUACUACCCUCUGACGAUACCUAUCUACCACCACCCUCUGACGAUUCCUAUCUCCCACCACCCUCUGACGAUUCCUCUCUUCCACCACCUACUUACGAUAACUAUCUUCCACGACCCUCUGACGAUUCCUAUCUACCACCACCCUCUGACGAUUCCUCUCUCUUCCGUCACCCACCUUUCAAUUCCUUUCUACCACUACCCUCUAACGAUUCCUAUCUACCACCACCCUCUGACAAUUCCUAUCUUCCGUCACCCUCUAACGAUUCCUAUCUACCAUCAUCCUCUGACGAUUCCUAUCUUCCACCACCCUCUGACGAUUCUUCUCUUCCGUCACCCUCUGAUGAUUCCUCUCAUCCGCCACCCUCUGACGAUUUCUAUCUACCACCACCCUCUGAUGAUUCUUCUCUUCCGUCACGCUCUGACGAUUCCUAUCUUCCACCACCCUCUCACGAUUCCUAUCUUUCACCACCCUCUAACGAUUCCUAUCUUCUACCAUUCUCUGACGAUUCCUAUCUUCCACCACCCUCUUAA